UUAGGAGAGAGAAUUCUCCCGGGAGCUUUCCUUGGGGGAAGGGCUGGGACCACCUGGGAGGUUAACCAGGGUCUGGGCAGGGCUUUGAAGUGCAAAAUGCUGGGCUUCUGGAGCUUUUGCAGUAAGUGCUAGUCUUCAGGCCUGUCUCACACACACAGAGGCUAAAUUUCUAACUUCCUACCUAACUUCCAAUCUGGCUUCCUGCUAAUGUGUACCCUGUGAGGCAUCAGAUGGUGGUUUAAGUGCUUGGGCAUAUGCCACCAACACAUCAGGGUAGAAUUCCUAACUCUUGCCUUUAGCCUAGUUCAGCCCUAGUCCCAGCUGUUGUGGGCAUUUGAGGAGUGAACCAGCAUAUGAACUAUUUCUCUCUCUCUGGCUCUGCCUUUGAAGUAAAUAAAAAAGAAGUUAAACUUUUAAAUGGACAAGAUGUUUAAAAAUAUAUUUAUAUAUGUAUAUAUUUUAUGUAUUUAUUUAAAGUGGAAAAGAGAACCAGAGAAAUGGCAGCAUGAGAAAGACUUAGCUCUAUGUUGCUGAUUUUGAAGACAGAGGGAGGGAAUUUUGAGUCAAGGAAUAGGGGCAGUCUUUAACAUUGGAAAAAUAAGGACAUAGAAAGGGUAAAAGGAAUGCAGUCUGCAGGCCCCUUCAUUUUAGUCCCCGGAGAUAUGUGUUGGACUUCUGGUCCACCAAGCUUUAAAUAAUAAUUUUGUUUGUUUGAAGCUCCUAAAUUUGUGUUGUUACAGUAGUCAUAGAAAGCGAGUACAUUAUAUGUGUUUACAACCUCACCAACAAUGUGUGACUAUUUCUCUAUACUCCUCUCAUGAGUGCCUUCUUUUUUUUCAGAGCUUCAGCCUUCAUGUGAAUAUCCCUCUUAUUUAAAAAAUAUGUUUAUAACUUUGUGUCUUUUAAUUAAUUUUUGGUUAAAAGGAAAAUCUCAGCCCAUUAUUGUUUGACAAUCAUAUUCUUAUUCUUUGGAAAAUUCCCAUUUGGGUCAGUUUUUGUUUUCUUGUUUGGCAUCAGGAUGUGGGCAGGAUGUGCUGAUGUGUCAUUUCUGCAAUGCUGAUGUCAUUGCUGUUAAAGCUGCAUUGCAGAAGCACUCUGGGAAUAUAAAUUGUUGGAAUCUGUUUGCUGCCACCAUGAGGUACCUACACGGUAGUAAAGCCAUUCUCUUGAAGUGGUGACAGUCUGAUCCUUGAAUGGCUUUGCUUGGCCUCCCGCAGAGGUGGUAGCCUCAAUGAUGAAUACUUUGCCAGGUGGGCCAGAGGCAUCUCCAUGGCAACCAGUAGCCUCUGGUGAUCAUGGUGGGUAAAAUUUACAGAGUACAUUCCCUGCUAGCUCAUUUAUUACCCUUCAGUAUCCUCUUGGCAUACUAGCAGAAGUUGCUGCACUCUGUUCUUUCUCAUUAUGCAUAUUUAAUUUGCCCUGAUGUGGCAGGACCUCCCCUUACCCACGUACAUGAACCCUUAUAGACUGGUUUGAUAAUCUCUGCACUUUUAACAUUUACUCAAGGGUAUGUGUUGAGCAUCUGCUUUGCCAGGUAUUUAGUAUGCAAACACUUAGCCAUGCAGAACAUACAGAUUAUGGAGAGAGUAAUCAGCAAUCACAAGAAUAAAUGUAAAGCUGCUAGUGUGACAGUUGCUGCAAAGAUGAUAAAUAUGGGUAAUAGUAUGGAACCGAAGAAGGCAGACAGGGAAGUAGGAGAGGCCUGAGAAGGAUAAGUGAAUCUGUGUACAUGUGUUAAUCAAUACCCAUUUUGGAUGGCACCCAAGUUAAGAGUAUAGAGCAAGGAAAGGAGAGGACCUAAAAACGUUGCUUAGCCAGGCAGAGGAGGAUAAACAGAGACAGAAAAAGGAUGACCAGAAUUGGAGGGAAAUGAGAAGGCUGUCAGCAGCUAAGCAAGAGAGGCCAGUUAUAUCAGAAGUUAGGAAUAGGAAGAGAGCUGGAUGGGACACUGUAUCUCCAGGUAGCAAUAGGAUGUCUAUGCUGUAGGGCAGUAAUGUGGUGGGGCACAUCUGGAUUCAAAUGUGGCUGUCUCUAUCUGAAAAUAGGGAUAACAGUCUCUGCUUCAGAGAGUUAUUGUGAGGAUGAAAUGAAUUAGCAUAUGCAAUGUUCCUAGCACUUUUUAGAUCCUUAGUAUUGAUUUCUCUCUUCUAUUUUACCUCUGCUACUUAUUUACUAACCUGUUUUGGUUAUCACUUUUGACACCUUAGCUUUGGUGUUGGUGACUUAUUAACAUGAGUGACAAACAGGUGAGUCAGUGACAAAUAGGUGUUCUGCACAUUAUAGGGGUCUGGCGGCCACUUGGUAUCUCAUGACAUGUAGAGAGAGCACAGGAAUUGAAUAAGGACACAAUAGAUGCUUCUUCAUCACACUGGGUUUUUCCCUUCCAGGGACUCCAAUCAGAGAAACAAACACCUAACUUUUGUCUUGGGAAAUCUUUCUGCACUAUUUCCAAUUGCCUAAAUCUCACUGCAAAAUAUUAGCAAUAAAUGACUCAACACUAUGUAGGAUUUUUUCUUUUCUUUUCAGAGACAGAUUUUUCAGAUUGGUUAAAAGCAGCAACUCCUUCCCCUUCAGUUUUGGGCAAAUACAGUGAACAGAAAAAAAAAAAGUGACUCCCUCUCUACUAGUAACAACUGUAGCCCUGCCCACUAUUUUUUCUUACUUUCUCUCUCUCUCUCUCUCUCUCUCUCUCUCUUUCUUUUUACUGUUAACUGUGGCUUUGGGUAAAUAAGGUUACUACUCAUUGGGAGAUGAUGUAAUUCAACGCUUCUCUUAGAUUAACUAAACCCCUGAAAAACCUGAACAAUGCGCUGAAGAAAGACUGACAAAUAUUUCCAUUGUAGGUAACCUAAUUUAUAAACUUUGAUUAUUGCUGGGUUUCUAACUAGCACACGUUUUAAUUUCUUGUUUUUGAUGAUGACUGUGUUUUCUAAGCCAAACAUGAAGAUAUAACAUUUAAUAAGGAAGAGAAUACUUUUUAAGGGCAGGUAACUGUAUUAAAUCAUCAUACAGAAGUUCCAGGGUUUAGGGGUCGCUUAGUUACUAAAAAUGAGUCGUACUUAAAUUAUGACGGAGCUAUGUUCUCAUUCCACAUUUUGAAUGGAAACUGAACAUUUUAACGUAGCUCCUGGGGCCAUUAAGAGAGUCGAGGGAAAGAAAACUAGGUUCCCUAGCACCUAGAGAUCUGGCCACUGCUUCCGGACCCGGCCAGCCCCUCCCGCCAGCGCAGGGCCCGCUAAGCAGACGUCCAGAGCGCGCGUUCCCAGCGGAGCGCAGGGCGUGCGCGCGUCCCCGGUGGAAGGCGGAGCUUUGGAUGCCCAUGGCAACGCGACGCUUCCGCCUUCUGGAAGCUUACACUCCAGCUCCGGGAACGAUGCCUCUGGAGGUGGUGGUGGAACUGCAGAUCCGGGCGGUUUCUUGCCCAGGAGUGUUCCUGCCUGACAAGCAGGAUGUUUUCCUCGGCAUCUACCUCUUGAAUCAGUACCUGGAGACAGACUGCUUUCCAUCUGUGUUCCCUAUUGUGAUUCAGCGGUGCAUGAGAUUUGAAAAGGUAUUUGAAAAUGCAGUAGAUCCUGGAGCAGUUGCAGACCUUUUGGAAAGCUUCCUAACCAGGUUUGAAUUAAUUCAACUAGUGCCUCCAGUGUGGGAAGAGUUGGCUUACUACGAAAAAAACACACGGGAUUUUCUUUUCCCUGAGCCCAAGCUGACGCCCCCGCACCCUGGGAUAUAUCGGGAGGUGCUCAUGAAGACAGCCAUAGGUUUUCCAGGCAUUGCUCCCAAACUAGAGUUUGCUACAAGGACAGCCAUCCGAGAAUGUGUGUUUCUACAUAGAAACAGAUUUCUGGAAGAAAGAUAUAAGUCACAAAGGCCUUUAUCGACAUCACAUAGACCAACAUUCCCUUUAAAUAAUACCAAGAUGAUGCUAAAGGAGAAUAAUCUGGACAGGAUGCCCACAGGCGUGUACUCCCGGGUCCCCUCUCCAUGUUCCAUGCGACGCUGCUUCCUGGACCAGCCGGCUCACUUCACUCUUGGAAAUAACUUUAAAAUCUCAGCAGAAAGCAAGCCUCCAUUUGUGGUUAGACAUGUGGACAGUGCAAAACCCUUUGGUGAGAAUAAUUCAGAGCAUUAUUCACGGAAAUCUAGAAGAAAAGCUGAGUUUUCAAAUUUUCCAUUUCCAAUGAGAAGAGCUUCUUCUCUUGGCAGCCUUGCAGCUAACGUAAAGGUUAUCAAAGAGCCAGAUGAACGGAUUAUUCUAAGGAGAAGAUCACCAUCACCUUUAGACUCCAGUAAGUUUGGAAAGCGCUCACCCAGGAACCAAGGGGAUGCUGACUGCUACCGGGAGUCAUUUGCCACCUCCCAGCAUUCCAGAACUCCCAGCCCCCAGGAUCAGCUCCUUUUCCGAGAAAGGAGAGUCCUUCCUGAGGAAUCCAAGACUGAAGCCAGCUCUGAAGGAUUUCGUCCUUGUUCUCAGCCCACAUGGAAGAAGAUCCAUGAAAGGGUGUGUCGUCUUCUGGCAUCCCACAGAGCUCAGCAGCACCCAGACACGGAAGAUUCUGCCCCUGAAAUAAAUUAUAUCCUUGAAAGACCAAGCUGUCCUCUGGAGAAAUACCCACAACAUGAACAAAGAUAUUUUUAAGCCGUUGUCUUGU